AAGCGAAAAGAAAUAAGAAAAGUCCCGAAAAAAAACUCACGCAAGUCCGCAAAAGGGGAGGCAACCAAACCGCGCCACCGACUCGAGGCCUCGCGACGCGACACAAACGCGCCUCGUCUCCCGCCGCCGCCGCCGCCGCCGCCAUUGGCCAUCUCCAGCCCCCUAGGUUCGGUUCGGCUGCGCGUCCGGGCCUUGGUGCCGCGGCGCGGACUGUGCUGGGGUUUUGGUGGGGGAUACGGGAGGGGUGGCGUCGUAUGGUCUGCGGUGGCCUCUGAUCCGGUGAAGGAAGCAGCAGCGGGAGGAGGCGUCUCCGAUGCUACGGCUAGUGGGGAUCAGCGAGAGGUUGUUGGCGAUCGGAACAAAUAGGCGGGCAGCCAAAAUUUCCCAGCCAAGCCACAGCAGUGGGUACUACACAGCAGUGAGGGACAAUGGCUAUUCGACAAGGCGAAAUAUUCCAGCCGUCUUCUCGAGAAUGUUCUCACAUUACAAGGUCUUGGUCAGAAAGAACAGAAGCGAUGAUCACAAGUGCAGAAACAGGAUGUCUAGAGGAUACCACACCCUCUCUGUUGCAGUAGCAAAUUCAUCGGCAACCCAACAAGCCCAAUUGGCAUGGAAGCGGCUCAGUCAUAUGUACUCGUAUAGCAGUCCCCGGUUACCUCUCAUGAGCCGGGCAGCCUGUGCUGUAAGCCUGUCCGUUACGAGGUUCCAUGUUAUCCCUGGCGUCAUGGCUCUAGCUUUUGGCAAGAUGGCACUUGCAAGGCCUGUCCUGGCAGAUUCACAACUGUACAAGCCCACAAUGGAUGGUAUCGUCACAAAGGCACAAGAUGCUCGCCAGUUUCUGUCAUCUAUGGUUUGGUCAAUCUGGGAGGGCAUCACUUUGCUUAUUAGAGCAGUGCAUUUGACAUUCUUGUUCUUUCCUGCAACUGCAUUAGCUCCAUUUGCUGAUAGUUUCAGUGUUGCAUUCAGAAGAAGGUGGCUUAGUCUUGUGCGCCAGACCCUUGAAAAGGCUGGGCCAGCAUUCAUUAAGUGGGGCCAGUGGGCUGCAACACGCCCUGAUCUUUUUCCAAGUGAUCUCUGUGUUGAGCUCGCAAAGCUUCACAGCGCAGCUCCAGCUCAUGGCUUUGCUUACAGCAAGGCUGCCAUUGAGAAGGCAUUUGGUCGCGAACUUUCUGAAAUAUUUGCGACUUUUGAGGAGAACCCGGUAGCUUCUGGAAGCAUUGCACAAAUACAUCGGGCUACACUAAAAAAUCAGCAUCCUGGAAAGCAUGUUGCUGUUAAGGUGAGGCAUCCUGGUGUUGGUGAAUCAAUCAAGAGAGACUUUCUACUCAUCAAUCUUGUGGCAAAAGUUUCUAAUGUCGUCCCUGGAUUGAGCUGGCUGCGGCUGGAUGAGAGUGUCCGCCAGUUUGCAGUAUUCAUGAUGUCUCAAGUUGACCUUUCAAGGGAAGCUGCUCAUUUGAGUCGUUUUAUCUACAACUUCCGCAGAUGGAGACAUGUGUCUUUCCCAAAGCCCUUAUAUCCCCUUGUGCAUCCAUCUGUCCUUGUUGAGACUUUUGAGAAUGGAGAAAGUGUUUCUCGUUUUAUGGAUGAAAUCGAAGGAAAUGCUCGGAUGAAGAGAGAACUUGCCCAUAUUGGGACAUAUGCUUUCUUGAAGAUGCUCCUGGAGGACAAUUUUAUUCACGCGGAUAUGCACCCUGGGAACAUUCUUGUCCGUCUACAUGAGAGCAAGCUUUCAAGGAAAAGAUUUUUUAGAGCUAAGCCCCAUAUUGUGUUUCUUGAUGUGGGCAUGACUGCUGAGCUCACACGAGCUGAUCGUGAUAACUUACAACAGUUCUUCAAGGCGGUGGCCACCAGAGAUGGUCGUACUGCUGCUAACUGUACCCUAAAGUUAUCAAAAAAUCAGAGUUGUCCAAAUCCAGUGGCAUUUACUGAGGUAAAGAGUGAAACCAUGCUUCAGGACAAAACAGAGCUGGAUAAGACAUUUACAUUCUGGGGAACGCCUGAGGGGUACGUUUUUCAUCCGGUUGAAUGCAUGCACCAAUUGCUUGACACAGUUCGCCGCCACAAAGUUAACAUUGAUGGCAACAUCUGUACUGUAAUGGUUACCAUUUUGGUUCUCGAGGGGUGGCAACGCAAGCUAGACCCAGGCUUUGAUAUCAUGCACACAUUGAAGACUUUACUACUAGAGAAGGACAUAAAGCAACCACUUGAUUUUUUCUCGUAAACAAACAGUAUCAGGUUAUUUUGAUACUCGUAAAUGAGUCUUCAUUUGUUCAAAGUGUUUUUUGUUUUAGUGCAAGAAAUUUUUAGAGCAAUUUAUCACAUCCAAGAAACAGCUUGUGGCAGCAACCAGCAUGAAAAACAUGUCCUGGGCUUGCUUCUAGGAAACCAAUUUACUGCAGGGAAUGGCACCACACUCCACAGCAGAUUUGCCCUCUUAUGUAAAUUUUGGGUUCAGAAGAAAAUGGCUAAGUUAAAGUUUUGUCUGUUCUUUGAGUAAAGCUCCGUCGUGGUUUUUGAUGCGCAAAUGACCAAAUUUGUCACUGAUUUUUUUUUAUGGUAUUAUGAUUGGAAUCCGUUGAUUGGCAGAGUUCGGAAUGAAGUGUUGUUUUAAGUGA